UUCUGGAUCUGGAAGCACCCGAAUGAAGCAUGUUGUAAUCGCAUAGCGCCAGAAAGCCAAGCCUCGUUCUGGAAUGGGAAGCAUGCCUUAUUGAUUGGUGGUCGCAUGUCUGUGACGCUCUUGUUUGACAUUGCAGUGACAACUAGGAGACCAAAGAGGAACCUACAUUAUGGCUGCUAAGGGUGCAAAAGGGUCCAAAUCCAAGCCGAUUAUCGUGAAGACUACACUGAACAACCCAUAUGAAAUUGCCUGGAAUACUGCAUUAGGGGAAGACAUGCAAUUCAUAUUAAAAACUUUAACUGAUAAAUUUAAGGAACUUGGCCUAAAAAAGAUCGAAAUGGCAAAGAAACCUCGGAAAACCAAACAAGUAAAAACGACAAAGGGAACUGGCAGUGAAAAAGCAGAAACUCAGAAAGAAAGUUGUGAGGCAACAGCAAGCAAAGAGGUUGAAGAGGAUCAAGGGAAAUCAGGCUGGACACGGAAUGACCUUCGCAAGGAGCUAGCUAUUGGAAUUAAUGAGGUUACCAGAGGGCUGGAAAAAAAUGAACUCAGCUUGGUCCUGGUUUGUAAAUCUGCAAAGCCAGAAAUGAUCACCAAGCACCUCAUUGAACUUAGCAUAAGCCGUGAAACCCCAGCGUGCCAGAUCCCACGUCUUAGUGAGAAUAUUGCACCCGCGCUUGGGUUAAAGUCUGUGUUGGCCUUGGGUUUUAAAAAGAACUCUGAUGUUUUUGUUGAGGAAGUGAAGUCAAUCAUUCCCAAGAUACCACCUUUAAAUCUGCCUUGGUUAAAUAAGGGGUUACAAAAGGCUGUAUCCUCAGCGAAAGAUGCUGAAUCCAUGGAGGAGGCGAGCAGUGAGCCAUUGGGCAGCCGUAAACGUAAACACAUGAAAAGUGAGGCAGAAACUACAGAUGUGAGUGACAUUAAGUUACAAGCCCUCAAAGUUAAAAAAAUUGUACCCAAUCCAAAUAAGAUUCGGAAAAUCAAGAAGAAGAAACCCGUUAAGAAGUAACUGAGUCCAUGCUCUCCCUGCUGGAAAUGGUCUAUUUUUUCAUAUAAAUAAGGGUUUAGUUUGCUUGGAAGAGAAGUAGAGUUCUGAAGACUGCAAGAAUUCAACAGUUUUUACCUGAAACAUUAAGGGGUAGAUUUAUCAAAAUAUGAGUUUAGGUUUAGUUUCCUUGGAAGAGAAGUUGAGUUCUGAAGACUGCAAGAAUUCAACAGUUUAUACCUGAAACAUUAAAGACAUACUGACACCAGAAGACUUAAACUUUUUUAUUAUCUAUCAUAACAUUAUCUUUGAAUGCUGUUUAUAAUUUUGACAUAAAGGUAUUUGCCUGA